CCCGGUUCCUCUCGGACCUUUCCACCUUCGUCUCCCCUCCCCUCCCCUCAUGGCGUCUCACUCCCCCAACCUCUCCCUCUUCCUCUCUCUCCUCUCUCUCUCUCCACCUUUGCCCUCUCCUCCUUCUCCCCCGUCGACAACCACCUCCUCGACUGCGGCUCCGCCACACCCUCCACCCUCCACGACGGCCGCCUCUUCGUCCCUGACUCCCCCACCGCCCCUCCCUCAAAAACCAACCCCAACCCCAACCCCAACUCCCCCCAAAUCUUCCGCCGCCCGUCCAUGUACUCCUUCCCGAUCCAAGACCCGGGGACCCACACGGUACGCCUCCAUUUCCAGCCCUUCAAUUCCUGCAACUUCGAUUCCACCGCUGCCCAAUUCCACGUAUUGGUCAACGACUUCGUGGUUUUGAAAGUCAACGGCUUAAAGGAAGGACCUUUAGUUCGUGAGUAUUUGAUUUGGGCGAGUAGCGAAAAGCUUGUAAUACGAUUUGUUCCUAUUGAAAAAACGAGCUUUGCGUUUGUGAAUGCGAUCGAGGUCGUCUCUGCGCCCAAGGACCUUGUCGCGGACACAUCAAUGUAUGUGAGUGAUGGGAGAGUUGAGAGAUUUGAUGGGUUGCUAAGCAAGCAGGCUCUGCAAGUUGUGCAUAGGGUGAAUGUGGGAGGCGGGAAAGUGACGCCGUUUAAUGAUAGUCUGUGGAGGACUUGGAGUACUGAUGAUGAGUUUUUCGGGCCGGGUUUGGGGUCGGAGAGGGUGUAUUUUGGUGGGAGGGUGAAGUAUAGGAGUGGAGGUGCUAGCAGGGAAGUUGGGCCGGAUAAUGUGUAUAACACGGCGAGGCUGAUAAGGGGUGGGAAUGGUUCGGUUGCGAAUGUGAAUAUGACAUGGGUGUUUCCUGCUGUUGGGAGGUUUAAGUAUUUGGUUAGGUUGCAUUACUGUGAUAUUGCUACUUUGUCACUUGGUUUGAUGUAUUUCAAUGUUUAUGUGGAUGGGGCGUUGGCGUAUGAGGAUUUGGAUUUGUCCAAGGAGGCGGAUUAUAUGUUGGCUUCUCCGUUUUAUGCGGAUUUCGUGGUCGAUGGAGGUGAUUCGGAUUCUCUGAGUGUGAGUGUAGGGCCGUCGAAGGGUAGUGUGGCGUAUGGUGUUGAUGGCAUAUUGAAUGGGAUUGAGAUUAUGAAGUUGAAUAACUCGGUUGGGAGUCUUGAUGGUGAGAAUUGUGCGGAGUGGGUUUUGAGUAGUUGGUCAAGCGGACAUGUUAGUGUGUUGGUUCCCCUGGUUGCUGCCGCUUGUGUGCUACUAAGCUUAUCUAUGGUUACAGGGAGGAGGAUCAUGAAAAAGGAGGAGUCUCUGGCAUGGUCGAAGCUGCCUGUGGAUGUUUCAGAUGUCAAUGCCAAGGAUGGAAAUGCACAUCAAUCGGUUAAAUUCUUCAGUUGGAGUUCAAUGAAUUCGGAGCUGUAGUUUUCAAAGUCUCCAAAGAGUAAAGAGUGGUAAUCUUAUUGCCUAUGUAGCAUAGUUAUGUAAUAGUAUGAAGUUGUAUGAGUUUUACACUCAUGAAGCAUAUCUAAGACUCAUAAUUUAGUAGACCACAACCACUAUGCCCUGUGCGAGACAGAGUACUCAUCUAGUCAUCUUUGGUUAGCGUUCAUCGCUGGGAAACAAGUCCAUCAACAACAGAAUUAUUUCAAUUGCUCAAACAAACUGCACUAAUAACAGAUACUGUCUGUGAACCUACUAGUACUGUAAAACGAGCGUCCCAAUCAUAUUUCCUACGGUGUAUAGUCGAAGUCUGAAGUUGGAUAAGCUUCAGGCAACAGCUGGUGUGAUUUCUUACUUUAAAAUACGUUGUACACUUCCUUUUCUUACUGCUCUG